AUGUUGUCAUUGGUUGAACUCAUACUGUUGCAGGAAGCAGCCUACUAUUUACAACCUGCUUCCAGCGGAGUACCUACAAAUAAUUUGAGCAUUUUCAAAGAUGAUGCGAAGACCCCGAGCAUCAACUGCCAAAGCUGUGAAGUUACAGGACGGAGACAUGGACACCGACCUGUCCUUUUCCCAGACAAUGAGUAGCGAUGAGGACAGUGAGGAAUGGAGGCCACCAGAGUCAAAGCCAAAAGUCCCUAGCAAGACUGCCAAAGCCCCUGCAGCCAAGGAGAAGAAAGUAGCUGUGAAGAGAACUGCUAAACCAAAGGAGCCGAAAGCACCCAAGCAACCUAAAGUUCCCAAAGUGCCUAAAGAUCCGAAGCCAAGAGCACCACGCAAACCUGCAGCAGAGCGAAAAACACAGGCCGCUAAAGUUCUGAAGGGUACUUGUGCACCUGAGUUGGCUGGAACAAAGAGGAAAAAAAUUGAUGAAAAAAAGAAUGAUGAGGCUGGAGAAGACAAAGGAGAUAAACUAACAGACUGUCCAGAGCGAGAAAGGACUGAAGAGAGUGGGCCAAGUAUAAGAAUGAAGGAGGAGAGGGUGUCAUUUAUCGUGUCAGAAUCCCACCAGGCAGACACAUGGGCAGGAGAGGGAUCAUCACUAGCUGGGCUUAGAACAAAGAAAGAAGAAGUAGAGGAGGAGGAUUUCACGUUUGAUGAGCCCUGUCAAAAGAAACAGAAGACCAGUGGUGCCUGCCUGGGCCAACCAACUGCUUUACCAUCAUCUGAAGCACAAUCUCUGAGGAAUGACCUCAAUAUGAACUGGGACUUGAUAGAGCUGCUGUCCAUCCUGACAUGUGUGGAGCGAUGGGUGUGUGUAAAUAUCAUUGCGCUGCUUCGUGAGGAAAACACGGUGCCAUUCAUGGUGCGCUACCGCAAAGACAUGAUUAACCACAUGGACGCCGAUGCCGUCCGAGAUGUCCAGCUGGUAUAUGAGGAGUUAUGCUCUCUUGCCAAGAAGACUCAAUCUGUUAUUCAGACCCUGAAGAAGGAUGGGGUUUUGACAACUGAGUUGGAACAAAACCUUAGGAGCUGCCGAUCAGCUGAUGAACUGGAUCAUGUGUAUUCCCCCUAUAAGAAAGGCAGUAAGCUGACGAAGGCUCGCAGGGCCAAAGCACUUGGCCUUGAGGUGGCAGCCACUACACUGAUCAACUCACCACACACUCUGGAUUUAAGGGCAUGGGUAAAACCUGGUACUGAGGGUCUCUCAUCAGUGGAAGAAGUGGCAACAGGUGUAGAGCACAUCUUGGCUGAUAUGAUAGCCAAAGACCCUGAGACACUCACCUACGUGAAAACAUUGUGUGAAAACAGCUUUGUGACCAUCCAGUCCUCCGUGUCCAAAUCGGCACUAAAGGAAAGAGAGCAGGAGAAGUCUGUCCAAGGUCACAAAAAACCAGGGGCCCCGCAAAACAAAAACAAGGACAUCGACAAGUUCCACCUCUACUUUGACUUCACCUGUAACAUCCAGCGCAUCCAGCCCCAUCAGACCCUGGCUAUUAACCGAGGGGAGAGUCUGAAGAUUUUAACAGUGAAGGUGAACAUUCCCGACAGGGUGAAGAAUGACUUCACUAGGUGGUGCAUCAACAACAGGUGGAGGCCAAAGACGUUUGCAAGAGAAGAGCUUCAUGCAAUCAUUAGGAAUGCAGUAGAGGAUUCUUUCAAAAGGCUUAUUCUGCCUUUCCUCACCAGGAGUUACAGGACCAAGCUGACGAGUGCUGCAGAGAAGGAGUCAAUCGCCAUGUUUGUGCGGAACCUCCGGCAGCGCCUGUUGCUGUGUCCAGUCAGGGGCUGCGUCAUCAUGGGGGUGGACCCUGGCUUUAGACAUGGCUGUAAGCUGGCAGUUCUCUCUCCCACUGGUCAGAUUCUCCAUACUGAUGUUGUGCACCUGCAUAAUUCAGGCCAGCACAAAGAAGCAGACAAACUGCGCCACCUUAUGAUUAAAUACAGCUGUACCAGGGUUGUCAUUGGCAAUGGAACAGCAUGUCGUGAGACUGAGUCCUUCUUUGCUGACCUCAUCUCUAGGCGCUAUUUUAACCCCCUGGACGUGUCCUACUGUAUAACCAAUGAGGCAGGAGCAUCCAUCUACAGUGUGAGUCCUGAGGCUGUUAAAGAGAUGCCAGACUUGGACCCCAACCUUAGGAGUGCAGUGUCCAUUGGAAGACGUGUCCAAGAUCCACUGGCUGAGCUUGUGAAGAUUGAUCCUAAACAUAUUGGCAUUGGAACAUACCAGCAUGAUGUGUCAGCAGGAGCUCUGAAGGCAGCACUGGACGGUGUUGUGCAGGAAUGUGUGAGCUUCGUCGGGGUGGACAUUAACAUCUGCUCCGAGACUCUGAUGAGGCAUGUAGCAGGCCUAAAUGCGGGCAGGGCACGGAAUAUUGCAGAGUGGAGAGAGCAGAAGGGUCCCUUCAUCAACAGGGAGCAACUCAAACUGGUCAAAGGCAUGGGGCCCAAGACCUACCAGCAGUGUGCCGGCUUCAUUAGAAUCAACCCACAAACCAGCAGUGCCAAAUCCUCACCUCACCCUGCACCAGCAGUGCCAGAGAAAGCAACAGCUAAGAAGGGCAAAGGAAAGACUUGUGUCAACAUACCAACCUCAUUUAAUCCUCUGGACCAGACCUGUAUCCACCCAGAGUCCUACCAUGUGGCAGAGAGAUUUCUGUCCCUCGUGGGUGGGAGUGCAGACCAGAUCGGGAGUGGAGGCCUGCGACAGUGUGUGGAGAGCAAGGUUAGGACCAGCAGUGUCGAGGAACUGGCCAAGACAGUGGACACCACACCUGAGACCCUUAAGCUUAUCAUAGAUGACCUCACCCGGCCCCCUGGGUUUGACAUACGACAAAAUUUUAGGCAGGCGGACUUUAAGCGGGGCAUUGUGUCGAUGAGUGAUCUGCGGGUGGGUGCGGUGCUGACAGGCCGGGUGGACAACACAACUCUGUUCGGGGCUUUUGUAGAUAUCGGUGUUGGCCGAGCGGGCCUGAUACACAAGAGCAACAUCACCCUGGACAAACUGCCUGUCAGCCAGCGCCGUCGCAGCCUGGCUUUGGGACCUGGGGAACGGGUGGAGGUCCGGGUCCUGAAUGUGGACCCGCAGAGGGGACGGAUUGGCCUGGAUCUGAUCAGGGUCCUGCAAUAGAGUCACUUAUUUCCUAAAAUUCAUAUUCUGGUUGGACUUCUGACACAAAGCUACUGAGAGGCAUGAUGGUCACAGUGACUGUGGAUGAGAACUUAUAUUGUUCUUAUAAGCAGAACUGAACAGGGCAGCCUUGUUGAGUGUAUUCAUAUGAAUGACCUUUACUGUUGCUUUUGUCAGGCUUAUCUUUAGCCUGUGUAUAUGGUUCCUGUGUAUCAUUAGUGGUACUUUGCUUGCGAUUGAACACUAAACCUGACUGCCUAGGCAAAAUGUCUUAAAAUGUUUUAUUCUCUCAACUUCCUGGCUAGCCAUCUGCACACACUGCCAUCUACAGAUCAUUAGAGGAGACUCUGAUAGGGCGGUUUAUUGAGACGGAAUUCAUAAUUGUUUGCACUUCAGCAGUAACGCUGAUAGCUACAUAUUUGAGCUGUAGUUGUUUAUUUUCUAUGAAUAUAAUAAUAUAUAUUAUAUUAUUCAUAUACUUCACAUUAAACUCUUUAAGAUAUGUUUUAUUUUGUACUGCUUUGAACAGUUUGUCAAAGACAGAUCAUUGUUAUUCCAAGCAGACUUUGUUUACUGUUGUUGCGGACACUUGAACAAACUCACUGAAGGACUCAACUUGUAAUCUUAAACAGAUUUUACCUUGUUAAAAGACAGGCUUUAUCUGCUGAUGUGGUUCUGACAUUAAAAGCAUUUCCUGUGUACUUU